AUGCCUGGGGAGCACAGGGAUGUAAGAGACCUACACUUCGCGGAGACUUUGGUCCGCGAUUUGUUGUUCAGUGCUCGCAAGGGGGUGGCUGGAAAUCUUGGUCCCAGCCUCAGUCUUACACACCCUCUUGCUGUUGUCGGCAACAAUGGUGAGUUCCUAGGCAAUGCCUCACUGAGAGUGUCGGAGGAAAGAAGGCAGCAUGUCAUUGACCUCGCGCCCAAAUUUCGAAAUGCGCUCGGGACACCUGAACUGUCGAAUGCCACAUGUGGUUUGGUGAAGAAGAAUGGUUUGGUAGUUGCAGCAGAGAGGCAGGGCGACCGGAUAAAAGUCAUGAAGAUCGGAGACGCCGAUAAGGUCAUAGGGAGGGUUGCCCUGAGGGAGCCAGGAAAGACCCAUCCAAUGAGGGUACUGGUGAUGGGAGGAAAGGAAGAAUACCGUUCGAAGCUCCUCUGCGAGAGAUUGCAAGUGUCCUCCCUGAAUUACAUGAUGGAGCUGAAAGAAGACGAAAUGAGCUUGCAGAAGAAAAAGCUUGAGUCUGAUGAGACCACACUGAAAGCCCUAGAGGAUCGCCUGUCUAGGCGGAGGGCGGCCUUCAAGUUCAUUGCCACGUUCUCAGAGGAGAAGAAGAACGCCGUCUUCCUCGAGAUGUCGCGCAGGAUCGGAGAGCUGUCUGAAAUGAUACAGAACAAAUCGAAGAAUCUCGAGUGGAACAUGGACGAGGAGGAGAGGGCCGACAAGUAUGCUAAGAUCGAGGAUGAGCACUCCCGGCUCAGCCGGGAAUUUGAAACUUUCAGGAGCUCGCAAGGGCGCUCCUCUGCUUUCGCUCAGGGAUCUGAGUGGCUGGUGGAGGACCAGAAGACUCUGCUGGGGUUGGAAGCAGCGGAGCUGUUCUUCCGGGGGGUGAACGACUCCUCCUCUCUCGAGACCUUCUCGUCCCCUGCUGGUUUCUGGGACGCAUUCUGCAAGGAGGCAUGCUCAGAGAUUGGGGAGGAAGACGCCAGGAUUCUGUUUUCGGGGGAGAUGUUCCUGAGCACAACCCGGUCAGAGGUCGAGAGUGAACUGUCACCGCCAGAUAACUUUAUCUUCGUCCUUGCCCCAGAUAUUGUUCAGGAGGAGCUCGAUGAGGAAAAACACCACCAUAAGGUCGCGAAGCUGAGGAGGAGGAUGCUGCCAAAGUUGGGUGAGCUGCUCGUUCUGCUGAAGAGUUCGGACAUCGACAACUCUGGGACGGUGGACAAGACUACAUUCCUGCGAGCACUGGAGUCUGUGAACUUGUUGCAAGUCAUCUCCAAGCAGGAAGCGCUCGAGGUCUUCUCUCUUCUCGGCCCAGAUGUGUCAGGAUACGUUGAGUACAGCGACCUGAGAGACUUGAUCGGAGUAGCCAACUCGCAAAUCAAAUCUGAAAUGGAUCAAGCUGCUGCUUUCAAAUGCAUAGCCUCCACAUGUGACAAGAUCAUUGUGCUCUUGGAUGGCAAGUCGUCUCGUUACAACUGUUUCCAACUUUUCGCUUUUCAAAUCCUCCCGCAAGAUCUAAUGCUGAUGCCUAGGACGGAGCUCGAAAUCAUCAAAGACUUGUACCAGUCGGAUCCGUCAAAGGUCCAUUUCGCUUGCGUGAGUCACCACAACCAUCGCGAUGCUCUCGCGCGAUCGUUGGCAGAGCUGCUUGGCGACCGCGCGUUAGAGAGCGUCCCGCUGGUCUCCUCCCUUGCUCAAGGUUUCACGUCCGAGCUCUCAAAGGAGCAGCAACAGAUCGUGUCCCUGUGCAAAGAUGUCUCCGAUGUCCUCAGGAGUGUGUUGUUGAGGCUCAACAACUUGUACCAGCAAGCGAAUGACCCAGCAGACGGCAGGAAGCCGCAUUCUUGCGUGCUAGACCGAAGCGCGAUAGCUAGAGCCAAUCAGGAGCUUUCGGAAAUCCUCAAGUUCUACACCCGCAAACUCUCGUCGACCAAUCAACUUUUACAUCGCCUGAAGCAAGUCAUCAAAUUUGCAAAGCAAAACUCUGACUCCAUGCUGGACAACUCGGGGGUUCUGAUUAUGUCUCUGGAGGAGAGAACGAGGAAGUGGAAUCGGCAAGAGGAGCGGGCAGAAAAGAUCAAGCAAGAGGUAUCGCGCAAAGAGAUCGGGAAAUGGUUGACGUGGGAACACAUCGAGGUGGGGCGGCAGGAGCUCUGGCUUGCAAGCUUGUCAGUCUCAUCGGAAUGCAUCAACAUCUUCAGAUCGAAGAGGAUCGACUCGCUCAAGAAGCUCCUGCGGGUCAAGGUUGAUGAGCUCAAGGAUUGGGACGUCGAUAUUGGGCUCAAGGACCUCAAGGCUUUCUACUCUCAGAAGCAAGUCUCCUUCCUACAGGAAGGCCUGUGGUGGCUGCUCAACACGGAGGCUCCCAACCAUGACAAGCUGAAGCUUGAGUUCCCGGAGCAUCUCCUUCACGACCAGGGAGCGGGAAAGCAGACCAACCUCAAGGGACUUAGAGCAGGCGACCUCACGGUCGUAGACUUGGCGCACCAUGGCAGCUACCUCCUAAAGGUCCCCGAGGCAAGCGACACCAUGCAUGUCUGCAAUCCUGCCUCUCACGUAGCCUGCAGCGAGCGGAGCUGGAAAGGUCAGGCAGCAUACAUCGACUCGGAGGAUCUCGGAGUGAUGUACGGCAUCCUGCGAGGAGAUGUAGAGUGUAGCAAGAACAGCCUGGCGCUGCUUCGACAAGGCCUACAACUGUUCUUGACGGGACAAGUUCCACCACAGUUGCUCACUGAGCUCAUCGAUGAUCUGCGACAAGAGGCCGAGGAAGUCGUGGGACAUCAGUCGCCUGAAGCUCAAGGCGGAGAACCUCUCAACCUCUCGCAGUUCAGUAGGAGGAGGAAGACUCCGUCCAGCUCCGUCCACCAACGACGGUGGAGGUUGGAGGAGGUCGAGAAGGAGCAACUGGCGUCUUCGUCGGACGAGGAGGAGGGGGAUGGGGAUGGGAGCGAGGGAGGCACUUGGUCCGAGCGGCUGCGGGCCUGCCUGGAGAAUAUCUUCGUGGCAGUGUCGGGAGGAGGUGUCAUCGCUGAUGGGACGAAGCUGGAGCAGGAGAUGCUACGACACCGCGGCUUCCGGCGCGUGCUCAAGACGGCAAGGAAGAGCUUCGAGAUGGGGCAGGAGAUGCUGCGGGUGUUGGAGCCGGAGGGCGAGCACGACCUCGUACGAUGA